CCUCACGAUCGAUUGUGGUUAGUUGACGCCAUGUUGCACCUGCUGCUGGCCGUGUUCGUCUUAGGGGCUGCCUCGGCGUCUGCCGCUGUGAGCAACCCUUUCCUUGACAGCAAGAUCAUCGGCGGAACAACAACUCAUGUGGACGACGCCCGCUUUAUGGUGCAAGUUAUAACAGUUGGAACCACAGAUGUGGCUACCUGCGGUGGUACUCUGAUUUCGACAACACACGUUCUUACCGCCGGCCACUGCGUACCAAGCCCCAAAGACGUAGGGAAGCUCCGCAUAUUCGUGGGCACCUCAGAUUACCUCGGCCAGGGGAAGAACGGCAGAAUGGUGAAAGCGAAAGCCUUGCGCCCGCACCCCAAGUUCACCAUCAUUCGGAACAAGGACGAUGAGUACGGAUACUUCGACGUGGCUGUCAUUCGCCUGCAGGAGGCCGUCUUGCCCUCCGCGAAGACGUCCACCAUCGCCAUCACGCCGGCACGCGCAGAGCCCAAGGACGGGGCGAACAUAGAAGUUGCCGGGUGGGGCAUCUACAGGCGCCAAGAAAUCUCCAGGAAGUUGCGGCGCGCCACUUUCAAAGUUAUCAGUCGAGCCCAGUGCAAAAUGGAUUUCGGCAAUGCUUUCAACGCUCAAGAGUUCUGCAUCACUUCUGGUCCCAAGUCUGCGUUCUGCAGUGGUGACUCUGGCGGCCCCGCCUUCAUCGGCAACGUACAAUACGGAGUCGUUUCCUGGGGAUCGUGCGGGAAAGAAAAGCCAAGUGCGAGUGUCCUGGCUGACUUGGCUGAUCCCCAAAUCAACUCAUUCGUGAGAAAUAUGAUGCGCACGCUGUAGACUUUGCGUUUCGCCGAAGUAGCCGGUGAAAGUUCACGUGAUUCAGAGAAGAAAUCAAUCCUUUAUGAAUGUGUUCAAUUGAAAUAAACCUUAUUGUAGAUUGCUA